AAUGAUUUUUUUAAUGUUUGCAGAUACAGUUGAUGUAACCUACAUACCUGGUGGGCAAUGACUGACUAAAUGAGUGUUUUUGCUCAUCUUUGAUUCUGGUCUGAUGUGUGUUGUCUCUGUAGAGCUUCUCCUUCCCAGAGGUGGACUCAUCAUUUCCCCUGCCUCUUUGUCAUUUUCAGUUUUAUUGCUACUAGUCCUCAGUUUGUAAAAGAGGAAAGUAUCUUCCUGUCUUCCCCUGCUUUCCUUUUCAUGCUCUCUACAGUUUAGACAAGCACACCUAUCAAGAAAUACUUUUAUUAUUAUUAAAUUGAAUAGCUCCUUACAAAAAAACAGGGACAGGCUCAUAAUGUAAGCGUAUGAUGUGGUAACGUAUAUGUGUUAACAUUAUUUUUAAAAAUUAGCUAGCUAGCAGUUGCAGUAACUUUACUAGCUAACAUUAGCUAAGUUAUGCGAUAUUUAAUGGUAAGCUAGCAGAUUUGUUUCUCAUGAUGAAACAUCGCAGUACCUCAACUUUAACAAACUUUCACGAAAUGGUAGUGAAAUGUAGGUAAACAACACUGAUUUUACUCUCUGAUCACCGUAUCCUCUUGCGCUGCUCAUUUGCGCUGGACAUGGCUGGAGUAAUACUCCCGAAAUUAAGUUUUACCGCUCCUACUCCUCCUUCCUACACAGAGGUUUGUGCUGUGCAGGCAGUUCACAGCUCUUCAGCCUAAUAGUGCCGCACACUGUGUGUGUCAUACAAGUUUCAGCUGCAAAAAAAAGUCACCUUGCAGUGUUGUCAGAAUGCUUUGUACAACAGGGGUGGCACUGGCCACCCACAGCCACCACGUAGCUACGCCCCUAGUGAGAGGCCUCCAGUGGUCCACUGACACCUGUCCCUUGUGGACAUUUUGGGUUCUUCUACAGGUUAACAUUGUGGUGUCUUUAUUGCUCCAUCUUCCAGCUCCUAACCCGCGUGUGAUGAUGAACAUCAGAGACAGUUUGGUGCGUACGUUGCACAAGUGCAGUGGGCCGGCGGACACGCGGGGGGCUGCAGGAACCCUUGAGGACAUGACUGUGGGUGAGCGAGCACUGGCCCAUCAUGCCCUCCUGGCUGAGACCCGUGUAGAUGAGGAGCAGGGGCUGGAUGGGAACCUGGUGACCGGAGCGCUGCCGACGCACAGUGUGCCAAUGGUGCACGCGCAAAAGGUGGAGAAUGACGACGAGGUGGAUCCAGAUGUUCGCCAGCAGCUCUGCCACAAACUGGCACAUCCUCUGCAGCUACUGAUGGGUGUUAAGCAAGAGCUCAAGGUGUCGGACAGCGAGAUCCACGUGAAGGAGGAGAGGAAGCGGGUGAGGGGCCUUCCAGAGAAACUGAAGAAGAAGAACAGAAAGCAGCACUCUCCUGCAAAGAUUCUGACUGUCAGUAGCAAUGGCUCGUUGGGCCUUCAGAGCACCAAGGCUCACAUGUGUGAGCAUUGUAACGCCACUUUCAGGACCAACUACCAUCUGCAGAGACACUUGUUCAUCCACACAGGUGAGAAGCCGUUUCAGUGCAGCCAGUGCGACAUGCGUUUCAUCCAGAAGUACCUUCUUCAGCGACAUGAGAAGAUUCACACUGGUGAAAAACCUUUUUGCUGUGAUGAGUGUGGGAUGAAAUUUAUCCAGAAGUACCACAUGGAGAGGCACAAGAGAACACACAGUGGUGAAAAGCCCUACCAGUGUGAUGGCUGUCUCCAGUACUUCUCCAGGACUGAUCGAGUUCUGAAGCACAAACGCAUAUGUCAGAAGAGCAGAGAUUGCAAAGCCAGUAGAAUCCCAUCUAAAGAUAGGUACUCGGGCACCUGUGAGGAUAAUAGCUUGUCAGUCUUGGCAAAAGAAUGCUCAUUGCCAGAGAAGAAGCGAAGGAAGUCCUGUCAGAAGUUCCAUGAAGGUUCUGCAAUGUUUUCUGAGAAUGGAAACAGCAAAGGCAAAGUAGUCCAGAGGUUGUGCAAAAAAGCCCCUCUGUAUGCCAUCAGCCCCAAAGUAAGCACAUAUAUGGUGGCAGAGUAUUCGGUGGAGCAGCCUCCAGCCAUUGUGCCACCCUCAUGGGGAUCUUCCGCAAUCGAGAUUAACCCUCCAAAAUUCGUGCUGAAAAAGGUAUUGUGCAAACAGGUUCAGAAACCGCAUCUGGAGCAAAUACAGGCUUUGUCUUAUUUUGAGGAUGGAAAAGCAACCAGGUACACAUUUGAGCUUGUAGACAAGCAAGGCCUCUUGGAUGUGGAUGCCAACACAGAUCUGGACCCUGCUGGGACUCUUCACGCAGCAUCGAGCAAAUCUGUGGCAAGUAGUACAAACUAUGAUGAUGCCGUACAGUUCCUGAAGAAGAAGAGGUACCUGCAGGGGGCUACUUCAAGCGUCAGUCGAGGCUACACUCUGAAUUUGGGGAGUGUUGCUCCCCAGUCCUCCACACCACAGGCUGCUUUGUCCACUCUUCCUGAUGACGGUGUCCCUACCGUGAUUUUGGAUGCACAGACUUUGAAUGUUGGGAUCAAGUCAAAUUCUGCCAAGACUCUCCUCCCUGAUGAGGUACUUCAAACCCUUCUGGAUCACUAUUCGAACAAGGGUACUUGUCAGCCCAAGAUUUCUUUCAGUGUGGCCAAUGCAGAGGUGCCCUCUAAUGUAUCUGUGGACUCACUAGACUUGUCCAGUGUGAGUCAGCCGGACACUCUGGGGAUAAACUCUGAGGCAUUGCCUGCAGAAAAGUCCAGCAUGCUUCGGGAAUACUCAAAGUUCCUGCAGCAAGCUUUGGAGAGAACCAGCCAGAAUGAUUUGAAUAGUCAUAGUCUUGCUUUUGCCGCUGAAAGUCCGAGCCUUUCGUGUCAGCCAUUGUUUUCCAGUUUCGACACUGUCACAAACCGGUUUCAGUCUGGAAUAAAUUCUCCUUUGAGGGCAUCCUCAGAGAAAUCCCAUUUUGGGCUUCUUGCUGGAGAUUCACACAAUUCGAUGUCCUUUUCAGGGGAUGAAACAAAUCCUUCCUCGGUCUCUUCAUCAGAAGACUUCCUUGAAAAGGUGACUUCAUCAAAAAAGAGUCAUGCUCAGGUCAUCCACCAAACUUUUGAAAUGAGCACAUUUGAGCAGAACCUCUAUCCGCAGUUCCAAAGUUUGCAGUCUGGAACAUCUUCCCAGUUCAGCACUAUUAAUGGACAGGAGAACUUGCGUGGACUUGUUAGUGGUACAUUCUUCCCAGAAUUUCCGAUGGUUACCGUAUCUAAGGCCAGAACCCAACUGACCUCAUCUCCAGAUGAUUCGAGCAGUCAAACCUUUGACUAAAGGAAAAUAUAUGUACACUCAUCCUCCAGUUAACAGUAAACAGUUGUUUACAUUUACAUUUAUUCAUUAUACAUUUAUUGUUUAGCAGUGUAUCUUAGGUUGAACUUCUAUCAAAUGCACCAAUUUCCAUGAAAAAUUGUAAUACAGUCCGACACCCCAAAAAGCUGUUACCAGGAUGAAUAAUUUCAAAAAGUUGGUUUGUAUGUAACUAUUAAUAAAGCACUUGUACUAAAUUGUGUAUCCACAAUGUAGAGUACAAGUCAAAAGUUUGAGUACACAUGGGCAAUACCUGUGUGGCAUGAGCUGGAUGGAGGAGUGAAAGCAGAACAACCCACAAGUUUCCUACAUCUCUGCAGCAGAAGAGAUUGGAAGAUUUUUUUCCUGAUGAAGUUUGUUAAACAAUAGCCUCAUGGAAAACAAAUAGUGUGACUGCUUGGUGAUGGUUUUAAUCUAACAGUUAAGCAAAGAAUAAUAAUAAUUAUUGAGGCGAAAGAUGCUUGGUGGCAGUCUGGCUGCUUGCUCUGCAAAUGUUUGCUCUUUUGAGCUCCAUGACUUGGUUGCGACUUCUUAUUAAUGCUGUGAUCUUCACAUAGCUUUAAGGACAUUUUGUAUCACUGGUUUCCUUCACAUUGGCAAGCUGUAUCCAUGUUCACUUUCACAUGCCUUCCUGCUCUCCUGCCCUGUCUCUUGGGCAUGCACAAAAUUACCUGUGAACUCACAUCCCAUUAUUACUUCAUUUAGUGGGCACUUUUCUCCAAAAUGACUUCCAGUGAACUCUAUGUAGUGUUAUCAGCCCACACCUGAUUCAUCUAGGGUGGCUUACACCGCUGUAUACACUACUUACUCUGGGUCACUCAUCCAUACCUCAGUGACACACACUCUCUCUGUUACUCACACACUGUGGGUGGCUGUGAGACAGCAGCACUACUUGCUGUGCCACCGUGUCGCCCGUUAACGUUCACACCAUCUUAAACAUUCUGAUUACGAUAACAAAUAAACAAAAAUGGUAAAAAAGUAAUCAAGGCACUAUGUGAAGAAGAGGAAAUGAAAGGUGAUUAAUAUAUGGAGCAGCUGGACCAAACGGAAGACCAGGGUACAUCUCAGACAUCUUGGAUCUCAAAAGUCAAAACUUUGCAAAGCUCUUAAACACAGUAAAUUUAAAGUAUGAAUCUCUAGGGAAAGACUGAGAUCAACACAAACAUUUGGAGUCAUUUACAAUAAUUGCGAGCCUUAAUCCAGGUUUUUGUGUUUUUAUAUGCGUAAUGUAUGUGUUACAAGUAUUUGCCAAAGGUGAGGUUUUAACUUCCAUUUAAGUGUCACAUUAUGGAACGGAGAUAUAUACAAUACUUCAGUUUUGACCAAGCUGCAUGUGCAAUUGUGUGCCAUCUCUCCACCUUUUUCUUCAUCUAUUAAUAGAUUAAUCAGACUUUGUCAGGAUCAUGUUACUUUUUGGAUAUAAAUUGGGUGCAGUUUCACUUUUUGUGGUUAAAUAGGUUGAGAAAGUAUAUUCUAUAUGUAGGGUAUCCGCAGCGCAACCAGUUUGUCUUAGAGGAUGUCAGGGAACUGAAACCAGAGACCGAGGAUGAGGUUGUGGACCCAAUCGCAGUGAUGUUUAUUUUCUUAAAAAAAAAAAAACAAGGGGGCAAUCCAAAAUCAAGGUCAGGGACAGGCGGGGAUCUUCCAAGGUGCUUUCACCAUCCAGGGGAUGAGACAAGAAUCAGAAUCCGUUGAACUAAUCUCAAGAACUAGGAACAAGGGCAAAUGGACAAGGAAGGCCAGGAAGAAGGAGGUACGCAGUGUGCAUGCAGGAUCUCAGGCAAGAGCAGUGAGAAUCUACAAGGCUCCGCAACCCAGUGAGUCGGCAUGGCUCCAUUUAUGUCCCGCUAUUCUGAUGAGGAUGAGGCGCAGGUGUGGUCGUUUGGUCCGGGGGUGUGACAGAAGAACUAUAUAUGUGGAAAUUAAAUGGAUAUAAUUUUUGAGCAAAACCAUAUUUUAACUAAGUAGAAAUUUCAUUCUGUGUAAUAAGAAAACAGCCUGAAAUCAAUACACAUGCUGUAUUGAUUGUUUUCAUUUCUGCAUUUUUGGAGAAGGAACACUGUGUUUCACAUUCAGUUCAUUUGGGAUAAGUGUUUUUUCUACAGGUUGAAUUGUAUUUGCUGUUGAACUGUUCAUGCUUUUGCUGAUGUAUUUUGCUGUUUUAAAAAGAAGGGUGUUUUCGUUCAUAACACGUCAGCAUGUUAGUGCCUUUUUUUAUGUAUCUUCUUCCUCAGCCUUGUUCUAAAUGUAAAAUUUAAGGAUUAAAGACAAUAGCUACACAAUAGCUUCACUUACCUUGUAGUACUUGACCUUUUUGUAAAAGGGUAAUGCCAAAGUGGAUUAUGGUUGUGAUUUCAUUUUAAUGUGUUAAAUACCUUUUGGAAACGUACCCCCGUUUAAAAGCAAAUUGAAGAUAAAGAUCAGACAACAUUCUUGAUGGUGUCUUUCAAAACUCUUGAACUGUUAACUUUCUCUUAGACUUUUAUUUGAUUUCUAAGAUUGGAAAAAGGCUUCAUAUUACUUGCUCACUUUUUACUGAAAUGUACCUGAUGUUCACAUCUUAUUGA